AUUGAUGGCAGCUUUUCAUGGACUUUGAACUUUAUUUUUGUUGUMAGAAUUGUUUUACUACAUUAUGGCUUUAUGCAAGCUUUUAGGAAGUACUGAGAGAAGUGGACUUAGUUAUUUACGUUAUUCAAAAAAGGCUUUUAUUCGGCCAAAUCAAGUGAGCUCCUCAAUUUUUAUAAGAAGUCAAAGCACACAUUCAAGUGAUGAUAAUUAUCUCAUCCCUAAGAGUAAAGUUUACACAUAUCAUUACCAAGACAGUCUACCAAGACUACCAAUACCAAAACUAGAAGACACGUGCCGACGAUAUCUUGAUUCACAAAAACCUCUUUUGACUCCAGAAGAAUAUGAAGUCACUAAAAAAUACACAGRGAAAUUCAAAACUCAAGAAGGACCAGGUCUACAUGCUGAGCUCAUCAAAGUUGAUAAAAUGAACAAGCAUACUAGUUACAUAUCAGAGUCCUGGUUUGAUAUGUAUCUAAGAGACAGAUCACCUUUAGUAUUAAACUAUAACCCUUUCAUUGUCUUCAAAGAUGAUCCUCAAAAUAAUAAUCAAAUUGUACGUGCUACCAACUUUAUUAAAUCUGCUUUAAGAUUCAAGAAGUCAAUGGACGAGACAGUUCUUGAGCCUGAUGUUUUUCAUUUGAACCCAAAGAAGAGUGACAGUGAUUGGUUCAAAAAUAUGAUAAGAUUAGUACCUAGAAGUCUGUCAUGGUAUGGUGCCUUUCUUGUCAAGGCUUUUCCUCUUGAUAUGAGUCAAUAUGGGCGACUGUUCUGCUCGACUAGAAUUCCUAGUAAGAGUAAAGAUAAACUGGCUACUUUUGAGGGUGCAAGACAUAUGCUGGUCAUGCAUAAAGGACAUUUUUACGUCUUUGAUGUCAUGACUACUGAUGGUAACAUAGUGGAUUCUGGUACUAUCUAUCAAAACCUUAAAGAGAUCAUAAACGAUCCCACCCCUCCCCCGGAAUACCCAAUUGGUAUACUAACAAGUGAAGAACGUGACACUUGGGCAGGACUUCGUCACGCAAUCUCUGCUAUUCCAGCCAAUCAUGAGUCAUUAAAACUGAUUGACAGUGCAUUGUUUGCGCUAUGCUUGGAUGACAGUUCGCCUAGUGAUCCCAUUGAACUAACCAAGGUUAUGUUACACGGAGAUGGAUCAAAUAGAUGGUUCGACAAAUCAUUCUCUCUCAUCAUCAGUAAACAAGGUACGUCUGCCAUUAACUUUGAGCACGCAUGGGGAGACGGCGUCGCUGUGCUUCGUUUCUUUAACGAAGUCUUCAAAGACACCACAACUAGACCAGCCGUCACKGUUGAGACAGCAAAAUCUGUAAAUGCUGAAAGCACAGUUAGGAAAUUAGAAUUUUCAUUGACGUCUGAAAUUGAGAGGGGUAUACGGCUGGCACAGGAAAAGUUUGAUAAUGCUGUUGGGAAACUARAUACAGAAGUGAUGGAAAUCACUAGCUUCGGCAAGGAUUUUAUCAAGACAAAGAAGCUGAGUCCAGAUGCACUUUUACAGCUUGCUUUCCAGAUGGGGAUUUAUCGCCAAAAGGGUCAUUUCGUGCCCACCUACGAGUCUUGCAGUACAGCUGCAUUUAGACAUGGUCGUACUGAGACGAUUCGACCGGCAAGCAAUGCUACAGUCGCGUGUAGCGAGGCUUUUGACAGAUCGCACCGUGCUGGAGUCGAUGAGAUGGUUCACAGGAUAAAAGAGGCUUCUGAUUGGCACUCUAAACUAACAAAGGAGGCAGCUAUGGGCCAAGGGUUUGAUCGUCAUUUGUUCGCUCUACGAAAGCUCGCAGAGUCGUCAGGAGCRAACCCUGAGAUCUUCCAAGACCCGGCGUACAYCCGCAUUAACCGCAUAUACCUAUCAACAAGCACACUAUCCAGCCCUGCUAUACUACUAGGGGGAUUUGCAAAUAUCAAUACUGAAGGCUUGGGUACUGGUUAUGCUAUCUUUGAUGACAGACUAGGGGCUAAUGUGACCUGUUUCGAAGGUGGGGCUAAUGCYAGAGAGUUCUUGGACUGUGUGCAAUCAAGUCUAGAGGACAUGUAUGCAGUUCUGAAUGGUAGAAAUUUCAAGAAUUAACUUAGCUUGGAUUUUGAACGUAGACUAUUACAUUUUAUUAWUCUUCGGUUUCUAAACGAGGAUUUGGUCAUUACACGUAUUCUGAAAGACAUGGUCGAUGAACAUUCAUAUUUAUUCUUUUGUUUUUCAUAGCCAUUAUUCGAAUUUUUUGUAAGCAAUUCCUUGUAUUUCWUGGACUGGUGAACCCUAAAGUAUAGAAACCUGUGCACGUGUUACAAAUACAUGUUCAAGUCAUUGUAUUUUGACAUUUUGCAGGUUUUAGUUAAACUACCCUGCGCAAAUUCAUCUGUCAAAACGUAUAGCAUGUUCAUUAAGUACAACAUUUAUUGUCAUAUUUAUUUGGAGAAAG